CAGACGGCUGUGGCGGCGUCGGCGGCGGUGGCGGCAUCGGUAGCGGCAAGUUGAAUGAACGACCGACCGACCGGCAGUGGUGCGGCCGUGGCGGACGCGUGCGGAUGUGUAUUGAUUGGGACUGUUGUUUGGUAAUUUUAAUUUUGAACCGUUUUGGAAAUUAGCAUACACCUAUAGUCGUAUUAUGAUAAAUGUGUGCGAGUGCGUAAUAGUUUUGUAUAAGAUAAAAUUUAAAUAGGCGUAGUUUUUGACGUAUUGAAAUUUAUAUUAUAUAUUAUAUUUAUAUAUAAACAAUAAACAUAUCUAUCAAAUACUGUCGACGAGUACUAUAGACGAGUCAUCCCAUCGUCGACUUUCGAAGAUCUGACAAGAGAAUAAAUUUAAUGCCGAUAUAAUAAUACAAUAAUACAUCGGCACGCCGGUGUUAUUGACACGUGUUGUAUCAGACAUAAAUGAUUGUUGGUUGGCGUAUGAUAACAUGCUAGAGGCCCGAAUGUUCGUCGAGCGUAUGCCGUUCAAAUUACUGGUUGUUCGAUGGUUACUUUUGGCCAUUAGCGUGCAAAACGUUUUUUCAAGACCCUUGCAAGAAUCCAACAAUACACGUCGACGGACCCGGUCAACGCCAAUAUUUGAUGAUGUGCAUGGGUAUUUGAUGAAGUUCGGUUACUUGCCAGAAUCAGAUUUAGAAACAGGUAACUUGAUGGACGGAAAUCAACUACACGAAGCUCUGCGAACAUUGCAGACGUUUGGAAACAUUCCUGUCACCGGUAAAAUGGACGCAGCCACUAAACAGUUGAUGAAGAAACCGAGAUGUGGCGUUCCCGAUAUAUCACAGCCUACGGGUCAGCGACGGACUAAGCGCUACAACUUGCAGGGUCAAAAAUGGAAUCACGUCAAUCUAACGUGGAGUUUACGGACGAGGCGCUUGGAUAAGGUAGACCACGGAUGGGUGAGGUCGGACCUAAACAGAGCGUUUCAAGUGUGGUCCAAGCAUUCAAAGCUCACGUUCCGGGAAGUUAACAGUGAAUCUGCGGACAUACUGGUGUUUUUUGAAAAAGGUUACCACGGCGAUGGAUAUCCGUUUGACGGACCAGGUCAAGUGUUAGCUCAUGCAUUUUUCCCGGGUACCGGACGAGGGGGUGAUGCUCAUUUCGACGAGGAGGAAGAAUGGCUGGUGGCUGACAAGACUAGUAAAGACGGAACCAGUCUGUUCAGGGUGGCCGUACACGAAUUUGGACAUUCACUCGGUCUUUCACACUCGUCGGUACCAAACGCGUUGAUGUUUCCUUGGUACCAGGAUAUGCAAUCUGACUUUGAACUUCCCAACGACGACCGGAUCGGUAUACAGGUCCUUUACGGUGUGAAAGAUGAGAAGAGCUGGGGUAACAUACCGGUGUACAACCCGCAGACUUCGAUUAUACCGGUUCUUUCGACCACCGUCCCGACUAUUACAGCAGUUACUAGGUCUACAGCCAUUACCAGUUAUACUACACCCGUGACCCCCUCUAAACCCACUACCAGCAGGACAAUGCCACCGAGACGAGCGGAAGUUGCAGUGGUCGUCGAUGAAAAACCUGACUUUUGCAACACGUCCUUCGAUGCAGUGUCAAUCAUACGGAAGGAGACAUUCUUCUUCAAAGGCAAAUAUACGUGGAGACUAGGCCCCAAGGGACUAUACGCCGGAUAUCCGGCUCAAAUCUCCCGUCUGUGGUACAACCUGCCGUCAAAUAUGACUCAAGUGGACGCCGUGUACGAAAGACAAGACGGCAAAAUUGUGUUUUUCAUAGGUCGCAAAUAUUACGUGUUCGACGGCAACAAUCCGCUGCCAGGAUACCCGAAACCGUUGACAGCGCUCGGUUUGCCCGACGAGUUGGACCACGUAGACGCGGCGAUCGUCUGGGGUCACAACAGUAAAACGUACAUAUUCAGUGGGACCAUGUACUGGAGAUGCGACGACGAAACAGAACAGAUGGAGCUGGACUACCCUCGGGAUAUGUCCAUUUGGCGGGGCGCGGGGUACAACAUCGACGCGGCGUUCCAGUGGCAUGACGGUGCAACGUACUUCUUCAAGAACCGCGAUUUCUGGAAGUUCAACGAUCUCAGGAUGCGCGUCGAACAGGAGGAGCCCAGAUCGAUCGGCGAGUUCUGGUUCAACUGCACUGCAACGGGCGGCAGUGGACGGAACGGUGACCGAUGGCCGGUCACCAAAAACAAGGGCCGGACGAACGGUCAGAAGAGCGUCGGGGGCCGCGGUGGCCGAUUCCGAACCGCCGACGACGAAUCGUCCGACGGCGACUCCUCGAGGUCCAUCGCCACGGGUAGUACAUCAUCGUCGACCGUGGCGUGGUCGGUUGCGAUAGCGUCGGUCGCGACAAUCGCUCGUUGGGCGCGGUGAAAGUCGCUGUGCGAAAAACUAACACGUGUUCGUCAUAUAUUAUUGUAUUUGUGUAAUGUAUUUAUAAUAUUAUUAAAUAUUGCAAUCGCUACUGUGAUGUAUAAAUGUAUAAUUGUUCGCGACGUCCGGCAAAGUCCCCCGGUCGUCGAGUGUGACGAUUUGGGAUAGCGAGAAUCUUGCGAUUUUAUCGAGUUAUUCGACCAAAUAAUAAUAAUAAUAUAAUGUAACUGGUGUUUCUGAUGUGGUGAUUAUAUGUAGUGCUGCGACUACAGCAGUGACGAUUUGGGCCCUAUCAGAUACGAAAGAUGAGCGAAAAAUAAACGAAAACAAGUCGAUUUUUUAUUAAAGGCCCGACUUCAAUGUCAAAUUUUGGGUGCAAAGUGCAAGCCUCGCUGUGACACGAAAAUAUUUAGUAAUUUGAUAUAGAUAAAAUACUUCAAUAUUUCGAUAUAUCCAAUAUAACACUCGUAAUCCUGCUGAUAUGAUUUUAUUUUGUUUUAAAGUUUUCAACCAUGAAUGCAUAUUAUGAACAAUAAUACAUUUUUAAUAUUUGAUUAAUUAUAUAAAUAUAGCUCAAUCUGAAACAUUAUACUCGUGUAGUACAAUAUUUUUAUUAUGUUCCAAUGCUGUAUAUUUUUUUCUUUGACCCUUAAAAUUCAAUAAUUAUUCUUCCCGUCCGUCUCCGUCGUACUUAUUCCGAAUGCCCAUCACCAUUUGUCAUUUAAUAAUAAAUUUAUUCAAAUUCUUGAAAAUUUUUGUACUAUCUUAAAAAGUUCUUUAUGGUGAUACAAACUUCUGUUUUUCGUAUAAAAAACCUCAUUUAUAAAUUAUUUAGUUAGUGAAAUUUUAUUUAAAAAUUUUGAUAUAUCUAAUUUAAAAUUCAAACAAGCACUUUUUUUGUUACUAAAAUGUUUAUACAAAGGAUAAUGUCCUUAAAAACUGGAUUUAUUGUGUUUAUUAUACUUGGAUCAUUUUUAAAAAUUAUAAAAAUUGAUGAAUAGAUAUAAAUUAUCUACUAAAAUGUUCAACUCACAGCCUCCAUAUCUUUCGAACAAAUUAUCAUGGACUAAUCUAUUAUUUUUAGUCUAAUAACUCAAAGAUUACUCGUAUAAAUUUUGAUUUUGAUAGGUAGUCAGCAUUUUCAAUAAAAUAAUUCACUAAAUGAAUUACAGUAAAAAGGGCGUGAAGUUUCCAUUUGAACAAUAGAUGUUUGUAUCUCCACAAGACAAUUCUUAAUUAGUACAAAAAUUUCAAUAAUUUAAAAAUAUGGUCUUUAAAAACUUAAAAAAUUAAAAUUUGAAUAACUAUAUUAUUAAUGAAAAAAGAGGGGUGAGUAAGCUUGGUGAUCAACUUAUAUUUUCAGAACUAGUUAAAUAAUACCGAUAUACCCCAAACCAGUAAACCUCAAGUUCGCAGUAAGUAUAUUUUUCGGUAUUUUAUUAAAACGGUAUUCUGAUUGUGUAUUGCCUUUAAACCGCAAUCACUCAGCCGUGCGAGGUACAGUUAGUCAGUGUUUGACUACAUUUUAUCGUUAUCAAACUCUACGUUGUUUAAUGUUUAUAAUGUCUAAUGAAUUUUGUGAUAUUUUUUUCUAUCAACACUAUUAUAUUAUAUACCAAUUUGUAUAAAUAUAUUUACUAUAUAUAUUUAUAUAUAUUGAGAUAUUCGAUUUAUGAAUAUUAUUUUAUUAUUGCGUUUUUAUAUAUUAUUAAACUAUUUAUGUAUAUACUAUAAUUAUAAUAUAUUUAUUAUUAUGUACGUACCUAUAAUACUAUAAUAUACAAUACUAUAUUAUUAAAA